UUUUGACAGAUGAUUGCACGGAUUAUGAAUGGGUUUUCGUAGUUGUUGUAGUAAAAUCCGAAUAAUUCGAUAAACCGAUUAAAGUAGAAUAUAUUAGCAUAGUGUACAGUGUAUAAUCCGUGUGUUGAGAAAAGGUUCUAGUAGAGAAAUGCAUUCAUGUCGACAAUUGAUUUACAGCCCUGCGAGAUGGAAAUGUGUUCUACCAGUUAAUCUCAAGCCAACAGUUCUUUCUCUUAAAUCUGAUCAGAUAACAGCACUAGAAUGUCGGCAUUACUCGGCUCGAAAAGGUUUCUUCUCAUCCAUCAUCGAAAACAUCAAAGAGGAUAUAGAAAAAAACAAAGAGAUGAAAGAAAACAUAAAAAAAUUCAGAGAAGAGGCACAGAAACUUGAAAACUCUGAAGCCCUGCAGGCUGCUAGACGGAAGUUUCAUGCUGUUGAAUCAGAAGCCUCCAAAGGCUCCGAGGUGUUGAAGGAGACCAUCGAGGGCAUCAAGGGCAAGAUGGGCCACGUGCUGGAGGAAGCCAGCAAGACUGAGAUUGCCAAGAAAGCAGGCAAAUUGUCAGAAGACUUAUCCAAAACGGCAAAAGACGCGGCCGAGAGCAUCGCCGACACGCGACACAAGAUCGGCAGGACGUCCGCCUUCAAGACCAUUUCACAGGCUACUGAAGUGGUGAAAAACGAGAUGGCGCCGAGAGGAUUGGAGGGACGGGUGUAUACCUCGCCAUUAUCGUUAAGAAAACGGGUGGAGGUGGCGUCGAUGGAGCGGUCCUUCGAGGCAGACACUGAGACCACGGGCGUGGAGCUGCACCGAGACUCCAAGUUCUACCAGCAGUGGGAGGACUUCAAGAACAACAACCAGUACAUCAACAAGGUGCUCGAUUGGAAAAUAAAAUACGAAGAAUCGGACAACCCAGUGGUCAGAGCCUCGCGUUUCGUCACGGAAAAAGUCGGCAGUCUCUUCGGCAACAUUUUCGAAAAGACCGAACUGUCCAAAACGCUCACCGAAAUCUGCAAGAUCGACCCUACCUUCACCCAGCAGAAGUUCCUAGAAGACUGCGCCAACGACAUCAUCCCGAACAUUCUGGAAGCGAUGGUCAGAGGGGAUCUAGAGAUUCUCAAAGACUGGUGCUACGAGGGAGUGUUCAAUAUCCUGGCGACGCCCAUCAAGCAGUGCAAGCAACUCGGCUACCGUCUCGACUCGAAGAUAUUAGACAUCGAGCAGAUAGAGCUGGUCAUGGGCAAGAUGAUGGACCAGGGCCCGGUGCUGGUCAUAACAUUCCAGUCGCAGCAGAUCAUGUGUGUGCGCGACGGCAAGAAUAACGUCAUCGAGGGCGACCCAGACAAGGUCAUGCGGGUCAACUACGUGUGGGUGUUAUGUCGCGACCCGCAGGAGCUCAACUCUAAGGCGGCCUGGCGCUUGCUGGAGCUCUCGGCCAACAGUGUGGAACAGUUGAUCUAGUGCAGUGCCCAUGUACAUAGUAGCGUAAUUCGUUGUUGACGAUUAGAGCGUUUUCGUAGGCCUCCGGUGACCUUUUCGAAACAUUCGCGUCUGUUGUUGUUCGGUUAUCGUUAAAUAUGCGGCCGUCGCCUUUCGAAGUCAAAUACGUAGCUCGGUUUUAGUAAACGUCGACGUUGUUUCUGUUAAUUACGUUUUCUGAAGCCGAGCGAACACACAUUUCGAAACGUGCCCGGCUCCAAAUAUGAAUGAUUCGCGUAUAUUUAUUAAUGUGACGAAUAAAUAAAAGAUCUACUUUCUGUUUUAGUGGAAGUCAAACACAUUUUAGUUGCAAUCGGAUUACUCUGUGUAAUUUAUACUUGUUCAGGAAUUUGUAUUUUUAGUUUUGAAACUCACUGAACUCUGAAUGUUUUUAGCCGAGGGCUCAAAUAGAUUGGCCUUGUUGUUUACCAAUGAAAUGUUACAUAGCUUGCCUAAGAAAUUAUAAUACAUUCUAGGGCUCUGUGAGUUUUUUUACGUUUUGAGUUAUAGUUUGUUUAUUUUUUAACUGUAUUAGUUUAUUUUAUAAUGGUUUAUAUUUGUACUAUAAACGGAUUUACUUAAUUUUUACGGACAUACGAAUUUUGAAUCGUAUUUUCUGAGCAAUAUACACAGGAGUAUUGUUUUGCCUGUAAAAUAGCAAUGAAAGUGUAAUUUAAUAUUUGUUCAGUAUGGUUGUUUGUUGAUUAGCAUAACAGACAAGGAAUGUAUUUAUUUAACAAAAGAUCGCCUACCUAUUAAAAUGUACAGAAAUUCAAUAA